AACGUGUACGAUGGCAAACUACAUUCAAGGACUGCUGGAGGGUAAAAUCGUGAACUUUCAAGGCCAAAAAGUGGCAGAUGAUAUCGUGAAGUAUGCACUUAUUGCCAGCACCAUUUUCUCGUUUAUUCUCGGAUUCGCACUUCAGUCGUUACGUGUCACUUUUGGUACUUUAGGGUUUUCAACAAUAGUUCUCUGCCUAGUUGUUCUUCCACCAUGGUCAAUGUACAACCAACAUCCUGUGAAAUGGCUACCUGUAGAAGAGACGAAAAAGUCGACGUGAUAAUGAUACCCACCAGUUGAUCUUGUGCGUUCGUGACGAAGCUGAGCGCCGGACAGUCCGGGUGAAGUAUGUAAAUGGACAUUUAUAUUCGGUUGAUAAUGUUAGCACGUCAGGUACAGGAGAGCCUGAGAGAUGUAGGGUGGAACCGCUCGGUCAUAUGAUGGCGGUGGGGCUCCGCUGCAGCAUCAACUCUGAAAGGCUGAUCGUUGGUAAGAUACGAUAAGAUGGUGUAAGUUGGUAGUAUAACUGCUGUUUGACAUUCACCCGUCAUUAAAUGGGCCCUAGUUCAGCAAAUCUGAACACGAUUUGAGUACGGACGUAAAUCAUUGACACAGGCGCGGCUGAUGCUGUGAACUGGCUGUGUACAUGUACAUCAGCGUUGUGAUUGAAAACCAGUGUGCUGUCGUGUAGUGGGUUUCAUAGUAUGCUAGCUAGACUUGCAAGGAUAGAAUGAAGAAUAAAAAUGGAGUGUUGUGUUUU